AUGUCAACUAUAAAUAGGAAGUUCCAGGUUAUUGAUGAGUCAGGAGGAAGUAGAGAGAAGACAUUGCUGGAUGGGGCAGCGGAGGAGGAUGAAGAUCUGAAUGAUAUAAAAGUAGAGAUUAAAGCAGAAGAAGAAGAGACGGACGGUGCCGUCCUUCCAACGGAUAAGAGCUUUUCCUGUACUGAGUGCGGGAAGUGUUUUGUAAGAAGAUCAGACCUCGUCACUCAUCGGAGAUCUCACACGGGGGAGUCGCCAUAUUCAUGUGCUGAGUGCGGGAAAUGUUUUUCAUUUAAAUCCAAUCUUAGCAGACAUCACAAAUUGCACAGAGGUGUGAAGCCGUAUUCAUGUUCUGAGUGCGGAAAAUGUUUUUCAGAGAAAUGUAAACUUUAUACACAUCUGAGAAUGCACACAGGUGAAAAGCCAUAUUCCUGCCUUGAGUGCGGGAAAUGUUUUAUGGAUAAAUCAAAUCUUUAUACACAUCAGAAAUCUCACACAGGGGAGAAGCUGCAUUCCUGUCCUGAGUGUGGGAAAUGUUUUGUGCAUAAAUCAUUACUUGUCACACAUCAAAGGUGUCACUCGGGGGAAAGGCCAUAUUCCUGUGCUUAUUGUGGGAAAUGUUUUUCACAUAAAUCCAAUCUUUAUAGUCAUCAGAAAUUGCACACGGGUGAGAAACCAUAUUCUUGUUCUGAGUGCGGGAAAUGUUUUGUGCAAAAAUCAGAACUUGCCACACAUCAGAGAUCUCACACGGGGGAAAAGCCGUAUGCCUGUCCUGAGUGCGGGAAAUGUUUUUCACAGAGAUCCCAUUUUUACAGCCAUCAGGGAUUGCACACGGGUGAGAAACCAUAUUCCUGUCCUGAGUGCGGGAAAUGUUUUUCAGUGAAGUCACAUCUUGUCAGACAUCAGAGAUUGCACACAGGAGAGAAGCAACUUUCCUGUUCUGAGUGCGGGAAAUGUUUUGUACAAAAAUCAGAGCUUGUCAUACAUCAGAGAUCUCACACGGGGGAGAAGCCGUAUUCUUGUCCUGAGUGCGGAAAAUGCUUUUCAGUUAUUUCCAAUCUUUCCAUGCAUCGGAGAUCUCACACAGGGGAAAAGCCGUAUUCCUGUACUGAGUGUGGUAAAUGUUUUUCACGGAAGUCACAUCUUUCCAGACAUCAGAGAAUGCACACAGGUGAGAAGCCGUAUUCCUGUCCUGAGUGCGGGAAAUGUUUUUCUUUAAAGUGCAAUCUUUCCAGACAUCAGAAAUCUCACAUGAGGGAGAAGCCACUUCCCUGUCCUGAGUGA